UUCCUCCUCACUCGUGCUCCGUCGCAUACUCUUCGCUUUCGCAUGGUUUGGGCUGAGAGGGCGGCGGCGACGACAACGGCGACGGCGACGGCGGUGUUGGAGAUCGAAUUAGAUACCUAAUUUCUUCUGUAGGAAUAGGUUGCCUGCGUCUCACAACCGAUGCCUCUUCUUUCGCUUGCGAAUCCCUCGUCCCCAGCUGGCCACGAGAUGCUCCUCUUAAGAUCCGCCUCCGUUUUCCGCUCCGUCUCUCGCCGGAUCUCGACCGUCCGCAUGGCUGCGAUCUCCACUUCCGGGGAGAAGGGUGCUUCGCCUGCUGGGCAAGUGCAGCUCCCGCCUAGCCCCCCUCCGGUUCAGGUUGCCAAGCGGCUGGAAAACUUUAAGACCACUAUCUUCACUCAAAUGAGCUUGCUCGCAAUUAAACAUGGAGCAAUAAACUUAGGCCAGGGCUUCCCUAACUUUGAUGGACCAGAGUUUGUUAAAGAAGCUGCCAUAGAGGCUAUAAAGGAGGGAAAGAAUCAAUAUGCAAGGGGAUAUGGUGUUCCUGAACUUAAUUCUGCCAUUGCUGAGAGGUUUAAGAAGGAUACCGGGUUACAAGUCAAUCCCGAGAAAGAAGUGACUGUGACAUCAGGGUGCACUGAAGCAAUUGCUGCAACCAUUUUGGGUCUGAUCAAUCCUGGCGAUGAAGUGGUACUCUUUGCCCCAUUUUAUGAUUCUUACUUAGCUACGCUCUCUAUGGCUGGUGCUGAAGUAAAGUCUGUCACACUUUGCCCUCCUGAUUUCGCCGUUCCACUUGAUGAGCUGAAAUCUGUUGUCACAAAGAAAACACGCGCCAUAAUGAUAAACACGCCACACAAUCCUACUGGGAAAAUGUUUAACCGAGAAGAACUGGAAGUGAUUGCCUCUCUCUGCAUAGAGAACGACAUUUUAGUCUUCACUGAUGAGGUUUACGACAAGCUGGCAUUUGAAGCUGAGCAUAUCUCUAUUGCAUCUCUCCCAGGAAUGUAUGAGAGAACUGUGACUAUGAACUCUCUGGGAAAAACAUUCUCCUUGACUGGAUGGAAAAUUGGAUGGGCAGUAGCGCCACCACACCUGACGUGGGGAUUCAGGCAGGCACAUUCAUUCCUCACAUUCUCCACAUCAACUCCCAUGCAGUGGGCAGCUUCAGUAGCUUUGAGGGCACCUGAUACCUAUUAUGAGGAAUUGAAGAGAGACUACUUGGCUAAGAAAGCAAUACUUGUGGAGGGACUAAAAGCAGCAGGUUUCAUCGUUUACCCAUCGAGUGGGACAUACUUUGUUAUGGUGGAUCAUACCCCGUUUGGGUUCGAAAAUGAUAUAACUUUCUGUGAGUACUUGAUCACAGAGGUUGGAGUAGUGGCCAUACCGACCAGUGUGUUCUACCUGAACCCUGAGGAAGGAAAGAGUUUAGUAAGAUUUACCUUCUGCAAGGAUGAACACACACUGAGGGCAGCGGUCGAGCGGAUGAAGGAAAGGCUCCAUAAGAGAUGAGUAGCUUAUGCUGUUCUUUCCAUCAUAUGUUUUGCUCUCCAAAUUCUAAGAAGAUGAAGUUGGCAUGGUAAGACUUAGUUAUUUAGCUUUUCAAACAGUCGAAUCUUUACAGCUUGAUUUUGUAUUUGAUCCAUGUUUUAGCUCCUGUUUUUGAUACUUUUUAAUGCCACUUUCUCAUUGUUUAAUCUCAAACAUCUGAAACAAGUUCAAAAUGUAGCAACAGGAGUUUUGGGUCUUCACUUUGAGUGUUGAGGUAGAACAUAGGUAUAGAAGGGGUUAAAUGAAAGAGUCUAGCAGAGAUUCGAAAGUAUUUUACUGCAUAUUUGGUCGUGCAAAAACAUUGAAAUCGAAAUAAUUCCUAGUUUGGAUGUCAAUGGAUUAAGCUUCCUCAUUCAGGAGUAAAAUGGAUUUCAUUAUAGGUACAUCCUUUGACUCGAGGAUCGGAGGAGGGGUUUCUAGUGAAGGCCUGCCUCCCUUGGCUCUGUUGUUCGAGUACUUAGAAUGAGGGUGGCCGAUGACAAUAAUACUCCAGCAUGAGUCCUAACUAUUUUAAGAGAAAUUAUUAUUGGUGUAAUUUAUACUAACAGUUUAACUCAAUUUUUUAUGAAUGAUAAAUGAGUCAAGUUAGGUGUUUUGUAGUCUAAUACAUGUACCGAGCGUGCAGAGAUUGACGUGUCUAGAGGAUCUAAUACCAGGCUAAAAUCCAGCUAGGUUUGCGGGACUUGAUAGUUGGUACGAAGACCAGAUAGGUCAAAGGGUUGACCUGAUAUCUGGCAAGAAAUCUAACUAGGUCUGCGGGGUCUGACAACUGGCAAAAGUCCAGUUGGAUAUGCGGACCUGACAACUUGCAUGAAGACCUGGUGGGUCAAGAGGCUAGUUGAUAGACUGCAAAUUGGUAAGUGAACGUAAGUCACUGGAGGAGAGUGACCUAGUGAGGACGCCUCCCGAUUGAGAGACAGUAGGUCUCGGUCCAGUUUAGGUUCAUUUUGAAUCCCUAAAUUUAGACCUUGAGUAGUCUUGAUUCUGGAAAGAUAUGAACUAAUUAUGACACUUAUUAUUAUUACUGUACUAAUUUUGUUUUGCAGGUUAGAUGUUUUAAUUUUGGACUAACACAUUGUGUAGGGCAAAAGGAGCAAAUAAGACCUCGGGUGAACAAUGCCCGAGGUGCCUUCUAGGUAACGAAAUGUACCUUCAUACUAUUCAUGGAAGGUGUCUUCCGUAAGAUAAAAUUCAGACUUCGUCGUAGAUAAGAACCGGGUUGUUCGGGAUCGGAUUUCUCAAGUUGGAGGCGCCUUCAAGGCUAUGGAAGGCGCCUUUCACAUCCUUUAUAAGGGCACUUCGACCAAGGCUUCAAUACAACGCAGUUUACAAGCUUCUACGCGUUCGAUUGGUGUUCUGAUUGCUCCGACGUUAUGUUGCUACUUCAAAGAAGUCGUUCCGCUACCAAGCUACUUUUUCGAGUCAUCUAAUCAUCUCCAAUAGACCGAUAGCAACACACGAACGUGUCCAGAUUGUUGGUAAUUUUAAUUGUGUUGCAAACUUUCUUACCCUUAUUUUUAAAGGGAAAUGUAGAUUGUUACACGAUCCUUAUCUUGUAUUCAAUUACCUUUUUCGAUGAUUUUAGAAGAGACAUUUAAUGGAUCACUCA